AUGUUUAAAUGCGGUUAUACGGGUUGGAUAAGUAUGAAACACACGGACGACGGCAAAGCUCUAAUGAUGAAAGAUGACGGCACUGUCUUCCGUCCCGUUGACCAUAAGGUUUGGUCCACUUCUGUGCGUCUAAAGGAUAUGGAAGAUACGGGAGUGACGGUUCAAGUCCUGUCAACAGUGCCCGUAAUGUUUAGCUAUUGGGUGAGAAGCAAUCCGACCAAGUUUGUCGGGUUGGGCACAAUUCCAAUGCAAUCGCCUAUUCAUGCGGUCGAGGAAAUGAAAAGAUGUAAAAUGGAUUUGAAAUUAAAUGGUCUCAUAAUUGGCAGUCAUGUCAAUGAGUUAGGUCUCGACGAUCCAAUGUUUUACCCCAUUUGGAAAGCGGCCGAA